CAAAGGAAGACGCUUCCGGGCCAUCGCUGGGACGACGGAGCUCCCGGCAUGCCUCGCAGCGGCGGGCCGAUGGCGCCGGGGGCGCGGCCGCUGUGGCUGCUGGCGCUCUGGACGCUGGCGGGCCCGGCGCGGUCCGGCGCCGCGGAGGCGGGCGACGGAGGGUGGCAGCGGCGGGGGCCCGGGGCGCCAGCGGCCGUGCCGGAGGAGGAGCGCUGCGCGGUGGAGCGGCGGUCCGACCUCAGCUACUCCGAGUUCGUGCAGCACUACGCCUUCUCCAGACCCGUCGUCCUGCAGGGGCUCACAGACAACUCGCGGUUCCGGGCCCUGUGCUCCCGAGAAAGGCUGCUGGCCUCCUUUGGCGAGAGAGUGGUACGGCUGAGCACUGCCAACACCUACUCCUACCGGAAAGUGGACCUGCCCUUCCGGGAGUAUGUGGAGCACCUGCUGCACCCCCAGGACCCUACCGCCCUGGGCAACGACACCUUAUAUUUCUUUGGGGACAACAAUUUCAGCGAAUGGGCGUCACUUUUUCAGCACUACUCCCCACCCCCGUUUAGUCUGCUGGGCACCACCGCUGCGUACAGCUUCGGCGUUGCAGGAGCUGGUUCUGGGGUGCCUUUCCACUGGCACGGGCCCGGGUUCUCAGAGGUGAUCUAUGGCCGCAAGCGCUGGUUCCUGUACCCUCCUGCGAAGACACCGGAGUUCCACCCCAACAGGACGACGCUGGCCUGGCUUCGGGACGUGUACCCAGCCCUGGCACCGUCCACGAGACCCCUGGAGUGCACUGUCCGCGCCGGGGAGGUGCUGUACUUCCCUGACCGGUGGUGGCAUGCCACACUCAACCUGGACCCCAGCGUUUUCAUCUCUACCUUCCUCAGCUGACCAGAGCGGGCGGCUGGUAGUCGGGGAUGUCUCGCUUCUGCAGCACAGGGAGUCAGGUCAGGCGCCAGGAAGGGGACACUGCUCCGAUUCCUGCUCCCCAGAGGA